UUUAUUUUUUUUUAGCAACUUCGAUGACUAUAAUUGAGUCAAAAUGUUCACAGAUUUUUUUUUUUUGCAUUAUAAUAUUCUGGAUAGGAUGCACCAAGUGGUGACGUAGUUAUGACUUACAUUUUGUUGCUUGCCAAAGCACAUAUCCGGCAAAUUGUGUUCCUGUAGUACAGGCUAGAAUUGCCAUUCCUUAAAUUUUCCCGAUUUCUUAAAGAAUUCCCUUUUUAAAAUAAAUUUAGGCCCAUGAUGAAAACAUUUCUCCAUUGGAAAGCACUCAGUGGCACUUUUGAUGUACAAGGAAAAAAUUGUGUCCAGUAGUGGGGUUAACUUAUUCCAUAUAAUUAUAAUAACCCCAUCCUAAUGAUAAUGAUGAUGAAUAUUUUGACCUAAAUAUGCCUUAAAGCAACUCCAUAAACAGUGCUUAUCGGUCGGCGCAGAGAACAAGAGGGUACCACAUAAAUAAAGUCAUUUUGCAAAUGUUUCAUAUAAAGACGAUUUGGGGAGUUUGUCUUUUCGAUAAAAGAUUGGAUUCUGAAAAAAUGAUAGAUGCGAAAGACCGCGAUCGCCACAUAAAUAUUUAUCGCCUCUUUGGCACACUAUACACAUCGCGGUUUGGAGUAUAGUCGGGUGCUCGUUAAAUCACGGUAUCCAGACGUUAAUUCCAGGCAUUCGUCCUACACCGCGGAAUAUGACUGAUCGAUGAUGUGUGAACUGUAUGAAUGAUUGCCGCGUACAGGGACUUCCCCUCAGCAACCACUCCAGCUUGAUCUGCUGUGAAUCUGUUCCGAAAACUACGACAUAAUCUCAAAUUAUCAGUCUUUUUUUAGGAAGUUUGCUGCAACAAAGCCAAGAUGGGAAAAGCUAAGACCAAGCGAAAAAGUGCUUCAACUCAUGCUUCCCCAGGUCCUAAGAGAAGCAAGAAGAACACUGGAAGCACAGUGAUUGAUAAGCCUGUACCAACACCACUGGUAGAUGACUCAACUUUUGGUGAGAUGGUGAAGCAUGCAGGUUUCGUGCUCAUGUCUGGUGACUUUCCCAAUGAGCUCAGUGUUGAUCAAGCCAUGUUCCAGUUGAAUCUUGGUAAAGCAUUGAAGCAUUCGGCAGAUCAAAAACAGGUCAUAGAGGAAUUCACAACUGGAAUUCAAAAUCACAUUGAAGAUCCUGUAAGAUUUAAAUACAGCUUAUUGCCGACAGCAACAGCUACUGAUUGUGAGAGUGCAAGAAGUGGAAGUCAGGACAGUCUCAUGCGAUUGUUACUUGGAAUUGACGAAUUUCAGCCUUCCCUGGUCAACGUGCUGCUGGAAAAACUUCCAGAAUUCAUGGAGGACCAAGAUAGCAUGUUUGACUACACAGAAGCUUCCAAUCUACCACGACUCAUUCUGAACCAGUUCCGCUGGUUGGACAGAGUGCUGAAUAGCCAGGAGAUGACUGAUAAGAUGUUAGAGAUGGUCAGUGUUUCCUCAGUCUCCGUUCAGCGAGAGAUUAUCUCUUGCAUUCCAGAGGUGGUCAGUGACAAGGAGCAUACGUCAGUCGCCACUAAGCUACAGGAGUUACUACUGAGUAGCAGUGACCUCACCGUUCCCAUCCUGGAUGCACUCACUAAUCUCAAUUUGACCUCUGACCUGAUGAUUGAGGUGCGUAAUGCUGCAUUGCAGACCCUGGUAUCGGCAGAGCUUGAAGACCACCCUGUUAUUAUUAAGUUCAUCCUACAGUCAGUCAAGAAGGAUGAUGCAGUAGAGGUUAUCAGUGAGCUUAGGAAUAAUCUAGAGUUUACUUCGAGCGUCACUGAGAGGUCGUCAUCUUCCCAACUCCAUUCCAAACAAAGAGGGUCCAACAGUAAAACCAAUGACAGCACUUUACUUAUCUUGGACUCCAUCAAAACCAACAUGCGCUUCCAGAAAGUCGUCACUGGGGGCUGGGUUAAGGCAAUAGAGAAUGUACCCACUGCUUCCGAACACAAGGUAGUGGAUAUAUUCAUCCUGUUGAUUGCCCACUCCAUUGCUGCCAAUCGGAAGAAAACUGUGGAGAGUUUGUUCCGAGCCAAAGUACGCUCUGGCUUCUUCACGGAAGGUCUUCUUGAAAAAGCCUUCAGCUCUCAUGCACAGGUGUUACGAGACUACUUUCCAUCGAUUCUGUCCCUAGCGAGUGUAUUGCUUCGUUCACCAGAGAAAUCGGUCGGUCUCUUUGCCUGCUCAAUCUACCGUCAGGCAUUCCUUGCAUUUGAUAUGUACUGCAAACAGGAGGUAAUUGGCUCUAUUGUAGCCCACAUUGGUAGUGGCCUUGAAGGAGAGGUCGACGCAGGCUUAGAUGUCUUACUUAGUCUGGUUGACCAAAAUGCUAGUGAAGUCGCCCCUUUUACCAUCUUCAUAAAGGGUGUGUUGGACUACUUGGCCAAUCUAUCCAUGCAGCAGAUCCGCAAGCUGUUCUCCGUUCUGGCUGCUUUGGCCUUUAGGAAUGUCAGUGAUAACCCAUCCAUACAGGAUGAGCUUCACAUUGUCAUCAGGAAACAACUCUCCAACAACAACCCUAAAUACAAACGAAUCGGUGUGAUUGGUUCCCUCAUGAUUGUACUCAACAUGGCGUACCGUUCAGGCACUGACCAAGAGGGAAAGCUCUCCAGCGACGCAUUCAGUGGGGUGAAAUCUCUUAUUGAGAUGGUGAGGAGUAGCAGUAACGGAAUGCCUGAAGCAUCUGCUUUAUUCCUUGACGAGCUAGCCACCAUCAUGGAGGAGAGACAGUUACAUCCUGAUGUAGAGGAGUAUAUUGGUGAGGUGUUUUUGAAUGACUUUCAAGACGACUUUGUUGUUGACAUUCAGGCAGACAACGUCUCUGGAAAUUACUCCUUGCCAUUGAAGGAGGAAUUUGGUUUGGAGGCGGAGGAAUCCCAAGGUGGGGUUGCGAUUAAUUUACUGCCUCUACUCAGUAAAGCUGAGAGGGCUCAUCUCAACCUCGGCUCCUUAGUCAGUGGCGACUCGGAAACUGAAAGUACCCAGACUGUCUCCCCUCUAUGCAUGGCACCUCACUUCCGCCUUCUAAGAAUCUGUGAGCAAGUUCAGCACGACGGUGACCUGGAGGGCAUUGACGCACUCCUUGGAUGUCCCUUAUACACCGUCAGUAACAACGUCUUCUCAAACGUUGCUUCCUUGAACAAACAGGAGAGAGAAAUGCUCUGCACUUGCCUGUUUCUGACUAUCAAUUGGUUUAGAGAGGUCGUGAAUGCAUUCUCAGGACUAACUGAUCCAGACAUGAGAGGCAAGGUUCUCGCUAGACUCCGCAACAUCACCGAGGUGCAGAAACACAUCCAGACUUGUUUGGAAGAAACACCUGGUUUCAUUCCACCCGUGGCAACCUUUGACAGUGAUUCUAUCCAAUCAAGCCCCUCUGGCAAAAGAGGACGGAAAACAAAAGAGAAGAAGAAGAAUGCAGCUGUAUCGUUGGACGACAGUAUCACUGGCCAUUCAAGCACCCAGAAUACAUCCCUAGAUACAACCCAGAGUAGAUCACCAGAGAAAGAGCCAACGACCGAGAAUGGGAAAGCGUUCCCCUCGGUUGACUUGGCCCAGUACAGGACACACUUCAGGGAGCUAGACAUCGAAGUCUUUAAUAUCCUCGGUUGUGGUCAGGUAUCCAGAAGGGUGGUGGAUUCUGACUUGCACACACAGGAAGAAGUUGUGCUGCGUCUCCGGCCUCCUGAGCUCCACUUCCUUCUUGAAGACUUAAGCCUCAAAUUGGACCAUGCACUUGUGGCCCCAAAGAGAUUCACUUUCCUUAAGACUAAAGGAAACAAGAAUGCAGGGUUCACUCAUCUGAACCGCUUCUCCCCUCGUCAGAUUGCCAAGAGAGCCGUCAAGCUCCUCCCACAUCUCUGUCAACAUCUGGAAUCCACAAGCGCCUUCUUCCAGACUUUGAUGGAUGAUAAUGAUGGACUGAUAGACGGCCCAGGAUCCCAUUCUCCUGAAUACAAUGAGAUGGUAUCGUGUCUAAACCUCCUUCUGAAAUCUCUACUUUCACUCUUCUCAUGGAACGGAUUCCAAUCCAGUGAAAGUAAAGCUGUUUUUGAGGAUGCACUGACGGUUCUCACAGCCCGCACCAAAAGCAGUAAACGAUCACAACUCACUUCCAAACAGCUGCACAAAAAUGCAUUCACCUAUCUGGAGAAGUUUAUGGAGACAUUGCCUGAUCUACCCAGUGCUGUUUUGCUCCUCCGUCUCCUUGUAUCGCUGGAUGAGCUCACAGAUGCACCAGAUAAUCGCAAGAAGUUAGCCAGCUUGUCCGAGGGACUGUUGAAAAGAGAAUGGCUUGGGUCGGACGGUCAGAGGGAGAAAGGAGCUAAGCACAAUGAAGUCUUACAGAGACUGAUCAAAAUCUACUUGAGCCAUACCCCUGAUACGCUGAAAAGCAUACAGGACCUGUGCACUAUUGGGAUACAAGAACUGAUGAGCACUGAAGAUAAGAAGGGAUGCUCUACGACUUAUCCCACUCUCCACAGGGCAUCUUUUGGUAGCUUCUAUCGCGUCAUGUUUGAGCAUGUCAUCAUCUGCAUCAAGAACAUGUGCGUUGGGAAGGCGUCUGUCGGGCCACGCAUGACUGAACAACGGCUGAUCCGCUGGACCAUGGCGGUCCGAGUUUUCCAAAUUCUGAUCACCAUGCUGAAAGAAUUUGAUGCCAGGAACAACUUGUCAUCUGCUCUGAAGUACGCAAGACAGUUUAUUGAGCUGUUUUUGAGACACGGGAUGCCUCUGUUGGAUAAGCUCUUCCCAAACCACAGGGAUGAUGUGAUGGCUCUGUUUAAAACCCUGCAGCAAAGUACACGGAACCUGCAUCACAUAUGCGGUCACUCAAAGGUUGCAAAGGACGUAUCCUUGACCAAUCAUGUACCAGCCAUGAAGCGUAUUCUGGAGCAGUUUGUGUACAGAGUGAAGGCAUUGUUGACAAUGCAUAAUUGCCAUGAAGCAUUCUGGUUGGGCAACCUAAAGAACAGAGACCUACAGGGGGAGGAGAUCUUAACACAACAGACUAAUGACUCAGACAGCGAGGCGGGGGAUGAUGAAGAUGAAGAAUCAGUACUUUCUGAUGACAGUAACAGCGAUGGCAAAGCGUCAACAAUAGCCUAUGAUGAGGAGAAGGGGGACAGUGAUGAAGAAUCGUACAGCAAAAGCUUCUAACCAUAUACAGUCGCAUGGAGAGCUUCUGGUAUCACCAAACACUAUGGAAAUUACAUGUUAUUUCAGAUGAUCAAAGUAAGACGUUUAAUGUGUUUGAAAGUGUUUUCUGUUGGCUUUGUCGUUUGGGAAGGUAGCCAAUUGCUGGUGGCCUUGGGGAAAACAGUCAAUGGCUUUUGGGUUUGCCUUUAGGGUAGACGGCCAAAAGACUGCUGGAUACAGAAGAAAAUAGCUGAAGACUGUUGGCUUUGCUUAUUGGGGAAACAGCCACAGGUUUUUGGUGUUGCCUUUUCAGGCUUUAAUGCACACAGCUUUAAUAUUAACCUAAAUGCACACAUCUAUGUACAGUUCAUGUAGGGGCAAUAAUGACCUCAAAGGUUGACCAACUUUAACAAAAAGGUCAUAUUAAAGGUCAUGUCAUAAAUUAACAUUCCCCACUGUGUUCCAUGUUUACUUAAUACUUUCUACAUUUGUAAAACAUAAGAGAAAAGAAAAAAAUGUAUGUAUGUAUCAUGUAAUAAUUUGACAUUUGUAUUACUGGUGGAAACACCAAAUACUCAACAAUGUUACAAAAGCCCGAAGGAUGAUUAAUCCUAAAAAAAAAAAAUAUACUUUAAGGUUUUUUGUGUGUAAUAAGAGGAUUUGUGUAAAACAAUUGUAAAAUCAGAAAUUUACCAAAGAGAUGUACACGUAGGCCUAUCAACUGGUUUACUGCAGUCAGAGUAGAAACAUAACUGUAUACUACAUGUAUACACAAGAAAAAUCUAUGCAUUGAGCAGCAACAUUGAGAAACAUUCAAGAUUUUUUAGUCCUUCCCAUAAAAAAAUAUGCUCAUUUCGUUCUUAGAGUUAACAGUAGUGCACUAGCCAGAUGCACAAAUGCGCCGCGCCCCCAAUCAGCCCCAUACAGAAGUAUGCGAUUUUUCCUCUUUUUGUCAACCAGUAGCACUAUUGUGCACGCUUUACGUGCAACUUAUGCCUGCCACACGGAGGUUCUAUUGGUAUAAAACAACAAAUGGUACUAGUAGCACUUAAAGACUAAACUAAAAGCUUUAGCUGCUUUCAUAACAACACCUUUUCUGUGUUGUUAUAUUUGACUUAAUCGUAUUUCAAUAUUUUCCAAUAAUUUUUCUUAUUUCAGGGUUAAAAAGAAAGAUUUGAGUAAACAGAACGGAGGAUCAAAUGCAUGGUUAUUAAUAAUGGUACUAAACAUCUCUUCUUUUCUUAGCGGAUUUCUUUGCAAACAGUUAUUAAAUUUUUCAAAUCCUUUAUAAAAAAAAACAAA